CUCUCUCGCAUCUCCUUCUUAACAAUCUAACCGCCCAGCAAGAAGGAAGCACCGCACCAGAGCUGUGAUAGAUUCUUCACAGAGACAACGCGAUUUGCUCAUAACUGUCUGUGAGCGAAUGGAAAUUUAAUUUCAGCAGCGCCUGAUCAACUGAUUAAGGUCCUGCCUGCAUUUCUUCCACUACUGCCCGAACUGCGUCACAUUGGGUAAUAAAAUGGGAAAGAAAAAGGGGAAGGGACAAGGAGGGCAGCCUGCCCCGGGCGCGCCUGCACCUGAACAAGCUCAACCUGAGGCACCGAAGCCUGCACAGCCUGUUCCUGCGCCUCCUGCCACUCCAGUAGCCACGCCGAUUCCGGUCACUCCGGUCGCUUCGCCGCCAGUCACGCCAAUUGCUCAACCUCCAGUCACACCUUCGCCGAUUUCACCACCCCCGGCUACCCCUUCGCCGGUCUCGCCGCCUCCGAGCACCCCUUCGCUUGCAACUCCCCCAAAGACUCCUGCUCUGCCAUUGUCGCCGGAACCUGCCGUCUUGAAGCCUGAGCAGCCCAAGCAAAAGCCACAACUUCCUCCGAAGCCAGUCAUUCCUGUUGAAAAGAAUGUAGUUGCACCUGCGCCACCCAAAGUUGAGGAAAAGCCAGAACCUCCAAAGCCCGAACCGAAAAAGGUCGAGGUCAAACCUGAGCCCAAAAAGGCUGCCGCGCCAAAGAAACCUUCUCCGCCAAAGGAGGAGUCGAGAACUCCCACACCUGAAGGAGACUUCUGUCCUUUGUUUGGUGACUUCAUUGAUCCCACUCCUCCUUUGAAAAUAGCAGCAAAACCUGUUGAAAAAGCACCCGAACCAAAAGUGCCCGAGGUAAAGGCACCUGAACCAAAAAAGCCCGAAGUCAAGGCACCUGAACCAAAAAAGCCCGAAGUCAAGGCACCUGAACCUAUAAAGCUUGAAAAACCACCAACUCCUCCAAAGCCAAGUACGCCUCCUGCACCUGCGCCGGUUACUUUUGAAGCCAUCGUCAGUCAACCUCCUCCUAAAGAGCAACCAAAACCUGAAUCGCCAAAAGAGAAAAAUGCUCCUAAGCAGCAGGAGAAACCGCAACAAAAGGAGAGAAAGAUCUCCGAGUCUAAACAAGAGUCGCCAAAAGCUCAAAAAGAGCGAAAGGUCUCAGAGUCAAAACAGGAGUCUCCGAAGGCUCAGAAAGAGAGAAAGGUCUCAGAGACCAAGCAGGAGUCUCCUAAGGCGCAAAAGGAGCGCAAACCUUCAGAAUCUAAUCAAGAGCAGCCUAAGUCUCCGAAAGAAGCCAAAGCUCCAGAGGUGAGUCAACAACAGCAAAAAGAGCGAAAGGUGUCCGAGUCAAAACCAGAAAAGUUACCAGAGCCUAAAAAGGAAGAAAAACCUCAGCCACCUAAGCAGGAGGUUAAGCCUGCGGAAAAGCCAGCAGAAGCUAAGCCCGAUUCACCAAAAGCAGAAAAGCAACAGAAGGAGCGAAAGGUUUCAGAAACACAGCAGGAGGUCAAAAAGGACGCACCCCAACAGAAGAAUGAGCCCAAGGGCAACAAAAAGGAGAGGAAAGAUUCUGAAUCCAAGGGGGAGAACAAGCAGCAACAAAAGGAACGUAAAAUUUCUGAAUCCAAGCCAGAGAAAAAGGCUGAACCUGCUAAGGAGACAAAAUUAAAUGAGCCAGCUAAGGUGGAGGAAUCCAAACCUGAGCCAAAGAAGGAGGAGAAAAAGCCGGAGCCGAAGGAAGUAAAGAAAGAGGAAAAGAAGGCAGAGCCUAAGAAGGAAGAAAAGCAGCAGGAAAAGAAACCAGUGGAAGAACAGAAACCUGAGCCCAAGAAAGAGGAAAAGAAACCGGAGCCCAAAAAGGAAGAAAAGAAACAGGCACCUAAGGAGGAAAAGAAGCCAGAGCCAAAGAAGGAGGAACAAAAACCUGAGCCCAAGAAGGAGGAACAGAAGAAGCCAGAGCCUCCCAAGGAAGAGAAAAAGGCUGAAACUCCUAAGCAGCAGCAACAACAACAGAAAAAGAACGAGUCUAAAAAGGAACAAAAGAAGUCGGUAAGCGAAGCAGAAGCUCCAAAGAAGGCCGAGGAACCAAAACAAAAGAAAGAGCAGAAGAAGUCAGUAAGCGAACCUGAUUCUCCAAAGAAGCCAGAAGAGCCAAAGCCAGCCGCCAAGACCGCUCAAGAACAGCAGAAAAAGCCCGAGCAGCAGCAACAACAACAACAACAACAAAAGAAAAACAAAAAAGAACAGAAGAAAUCAAUCAGCGAACCUGGUGACGAGAAACAGGAAAAGGCAAAGACUGAGGAGACACCAAAGGCUAAACAAGAUGCCAAAAAGAAUGCGCCAAAACCUGCGGAAAAGGCAGCCAAACCUGCGGCUGAAACUAAGAAGGACGAUGAGGAAGUCUCUGAAGAAUCAGGACCUGAGGAAGGUACCCCCGCGACCACUUCAUCCAGCGCGGCCAAGAAGAAGAGGAGGAGGAGGAAGAAGAAGGCGAAUGCUGCCGCUGCGGCCGCACUGGUUGCCGCCGCCGCCGGCCAAACUGCUGCCCCUCAGCAGCCACAACCCCAGCAGCCCAAGCAACAACCUCAACAACAGCCGCAGCAGAAGCCCAAGGAACCUCAGCCGCAACAAAAACAGCAGGCCCCGAAGCAGGAGGCCCCAAAGGCUGAGGAAAAACCCGCCCCUCAACCACCCAAGGCCGAGAAACCAGCUGCCCCUGCAGCCGCCCCUGCCCCUGAAGGUGGCGAACCUGGCGGCAAGAAAAAGAACAAGAAGAAUAACAAGAACAAGGGCGAGGCGCCGGAAAAAAACGAUAAUUUGGGCCAAAAAAAAACUCCGUUUGAUUUCCGACAGCAGCCAACAUUGACCCUGGAGCAAUCCGCACUAGUAGCGCACCACCUGAGCAACUGUUGUUGUGUUUGCAAGAAGACCAGCGACGACGGCACCCUUCUGACGUGCACCUGCUGCCUCCUGGCGUGCUACUGCAGCAAGGAGCACCAACUCGAGCACUGGCCGUACCACAAGGAGUUUUGCACCUUCAUCAAACAACGCGUCGAGCAGACCAAUCGGACAUUCCUUUUCUCACCCUUGGAAGAGUUACCUUCUGCAGAGGACAGAAACGUCUUCCGGCUGCAAGAGCUGCAGCUGUGCCAGCAAACCCUGCAAAGGGGCCUCUCUCCGCUCGAGUCGGCCCUGAUCUUGCAGCCCAGGGUUUGCGCCACCUGCUGCAAACAGGCCUUUGAAACCUCCUGCACGACCUGCCACCAGGUCAACUUCUGCAAACCUGAGCACUUGCCAGCAGGCCACAAGACGUGGUGCGAAACCCUGCACUGCCGACUCCUCUUCAUCCAAUCGCAGGCUGCCUUCAGCGACCUGGCCAAGUCCAACCUUCCAAAACCUCCAAAGGUCCUCUACCCUGAGACGAGCACCGACAUGAGGCAAUACCUUCAAGAACUCGACUUCCCCUGCCCACCCGAAAUGGCUCGAGAACUGUACGACGCUCACCUCUCCGAAAUGGCCACCUACCCUUUGACCCUUCUGCACGCCCUGCAGCUCCUUUAUUCUCAGGGCGCCACCAACCCGAAGGACUUUGAGCACCUGGUGGUGCACGUGGUCGGCGCCGAGGACGCCUUCGAGUGCAGCCAAAUGCGGAAGUGGAAGUACUUCUUCAUCAACCUGCUGCCCAAGCUCAAGACCUUGCACCUGGUCUUCAUCGGCUGCGAGCUCGGCGUGCAGGACGAAAAGGUCCACGUCGAUGGGCGGCUGGUGUUCGAGUUCCACGCGCGCACCACGUACGCCGAGUACUGCCGCAAAUGCUACAUCAAGCCGAGCGUCGUGUGCGCCUUCAACUGCGGCCUGUACCGCAACACCGGCUUCAACGGCGCCGACAGUUGGGGGCCCUCGAUCGCGCCCAUGCUGGGCAAGUCGCCCGGGGUGCCCCUGCUGCUGACCGCCUACACCAGCCGAGAGGCCAACCUCGACGUCCAAAGGGUGUGGGAACUGCUCGGCACCAGUCUGCACGUCAUCCAGCAGCCCGUCAGAAACCCGUUCGCCAGUAUUUUCCCCAACCACAACCUGGUCAGCGAAUCCGAAUGUCCUGUUGCUUUUCGCAACUUCUUCGUUUCCAUCGUCAAACAGAGCUAGCGACUGAAUUUAUUCUUAACCACUGCCAUCUCGCCUAAAACAGAAAAUCCUUUAAAAUAGGGCAAAAAAAAACAAAACAAUUUUUUUUACAUUAUAACCAAAGAACUAAAAGAGAUCAAACUAUAUUUAGUAAUUAUUGUUUCUGAUGGUCAAAUAAUUAUUUUGUGUCUCAAUCUGUCUUGCUUGGCCAAAAUAAAUUCUAUGAACUUUAAUCUUCGGCCUCCGUUUUAGUCUCAUAAACAAUCAGGGUUCAAUUUUGGAGAAAAACAUCUUUCGAUUGUACAACCACAAUGAAUUUUGCCUCUAUUUUUAAAGGAUAUUUUAUGUUUUUAUUAAAAAAAAUAUUUCCAAAAAUUUAAGCUAGCUUUUUGAUAUUGUUAUCUUUUUCGGUCAAGAAUGAUUUUCCUGUUUUGUUUCCAUUUGUUUGCUCAACGUCCAUAAUAUUUUUGGCAUUCCCAGUGGAAUCGAGGUCCAAGCUGAUGACUUAUAUACUUUUAAGGCUCAAAAGCCCUCACUUUGAUUAUUAUCUUCAAACGAAAUGUACAAUUAUUUCCAUUCAAGUAGUGCCACUCGAUCAUUGUUUGCUAGUCGAAGAGUAAAAAAACAACAGGACAUUCCAGGUUCACUUUCCUGCAAUAAAUCUGCGAUCCUCCAGAAAAUAUUCCCAAGAAAAAAAGAAAGUGCGAUUGAUUGUGUCUAAGAAAAUGUUGCUGAAAUCGAAUUCGUAGAAAAUACCUAAAAAUGUAACCAAAUCUCAAUGAAGAAGAAAAAAAAGAGCGUUUUUGAAGUUUUAACCGGUUUUCUGUUUGCGACUAAUAAUUAAAUCCAACACAUAAAAACGACGUGUUCCCUUCAGCUAGUUUCAAUAAAAUUAAUAAAUGUUUGAAAAAUUCUGAGAGUUUUAUUUAAAUAAAGAAAAAAACUCAUAAUUUAGAGCGGAAA